AUGGUCAGACUCCUUUCUCUUACGCCCCUCAAAGGCUUUGUACUUGCCCUCGGCGCCGCCAGGGUCACCGAUGCCGGGUUUCUCAACGAUGACUGCGGCUUCAUCGAUGACGGCCCUCAGUUUACCCUGCGCGGCGACGGCUCCAUCACGACCUACUGCAAUGACAAGAUCUGCAGUACCGUAACGUUCACCGUGAUCAACCUAAACGACUGCAUCACCAAUGUAUCCGGCGACCUCCAACCCAAAGCUGAGGGAGAAUAUGGAAACUUUUGGCAAAGCUGCCACGACUGCAUGAUUGAAGGCACCUACAUCAAGUGCCAGUGCUCAAAGGAAGACGGGAGCUACAAGGAAUCCUCCCUCAACGUCGGUAAGGACAUGCACCUGCUGGCUUCAUGGCAAGAACCGCAGGCUAACCAUGCCGCUCAAGACGCCAUCGUGUUCAACUGGAACGGCUACCUGGCUUGCCACAGCCAGGUAUCGAACUGCUAUCCUAUGCUCUGGCAGUGUAAGCCCCAAAACUGGUGGCCCGAGGGGUGGCGCCCCACCAUCGUUGACACCCCGUGCGACAUCUGGCAGGCUGCCAUGAUGACGCCGGCAAAGUUGACCCUGCCGCCGGGGUUGACGCUGUCGACUGACCUGAUGUCUGGACGAAGUGCGUGA